AUGAAUAACACAAUUUACUUGAGUCCUAAUGCUAAAAACCCUGGGACUAAAAGUUUUUCAAAUAAAACAGAUCUGUAUGAUUAAAAUUUGCAAUGCAAUAUAUUUCUCUUUCUUUCAAUUGUUCAUGGGAAUCCUCAAUUGAACAAACUAUUUAUUCAAAGAUGUGGCAACAAAGAUAAAUUUUUGCAGAUGUUUGAUACAUUGUAAUACUCAGCUCUACUUACAAAAGUGCUCCAAAUAGUGAAUCAAUAUUUUACAGAGACACAGUCAUAAUGUUAUGAGCAUUACCCUACUAGCAAUAAUAAAUCAUGGUACUCUUCUGAUCAAAAAUACACGCCAAAAUAAGGGAGCAAUGACAAGUUUUAAUCGAUGAUAAAGAAAAUUAUAACCACUGAUCUAGAUCCUUUAAAGUCUUUAAUUAAUCGAGUUUAAGAGUAAAAUUCCACUUAGUAUCAAUCUUCGAAUAAAUUGGCAUCAGCAUCUCAACUUUCCAAUAAGCUGAGUGAAAAGCUGAUGAAAACCAAUAUACUCAAGGAUCAACUAAAGGAAAAGAUUACAAAAUUGGCUAUGUAGAAUAGUUACAAUUAUUAAUACAAAGUGAGCAAAACUGAAUCAGAUGCUACUUAAUCCCAACCUGCACUUUUGAGAGAUACUCCAAGUUAGACAAUUUCUUAACAAGACCCAAUUUUUCAUAAACCAAAUAGAAUUUCUUUUGGAUAACAAUAAUUGUUUAAUAAUGCAUCAAAUGGGGAUUAGAUUAUUGAAUAUUAAUAAAAUGGAAAAAAUUAAAAAACAUUAAUUGAAUCUUCUCCUACGUUUCUAUAUCACUAAUAGAAGGAUCAUGCUAUUUAAACAUCUGAAACUGAAAUAAAUGUUGAAAAUUCCAAUAUUCGAAAGGAAGACCACAGCAACGAUCACUCUUUAGAUUUAUCGCAAGAAAGGUCCAAAAGAUUUGAAGGAACGUUUGGUAAAGUUAGAAAUAGAGAUGGUAAAAACAAGAAAAAAUCGAAUAGUGUCUCUGGCAAUGUAUCACCCUAAAGGAGUGAAAGACAGAACCAUGAAGUCAUUUCGAUAGACCAAAUUCAACACAAAAGGAAAAUUAGUAUUAAUAGUGUAAAUAGAAGAUAUAAUAUAUUAACAAAUGAAUAAUUGGAAUGA